AUGCAAAAGUCCAUAGGAAAAUAUACAACUUCGACUGCUGGUUAUUUAGGUAGCGGAUCAUUGGGGAGAGUACAACCUUUUGAUUAUUUUUAGGUUGAUAAAGCAAGGGACCCGGAGAAAAAUAUAGAUGUGGUUCUUAAAGCAAUUCCUAAGAGUAUUUUAAAGGAUGACGAGGCUAUUCAGUUGGCUUUAUUGGAUGAAAUAAAAUUGUUUCAGAAAAUCAAGAAUCCAAAAGUAGUGGAACUUUUAGAUGUAUUUUAACAUGAGGGAACAUAUUAUAUGGUGAUGGAAUACUGUCAACUCAAUUUAUAACAGUUAAAUAUUAUAUGUUAUAUUAGGUAUUUAAAGAAGGACAAAGAGAAAAUGUGUAUGAGUGAAUAAGAAGCUAUUAAGAUGUUAAAUGAUCUACUUGAAGGGUUCACUGAGUUAAAUAAACACGGGGUGAUGCAUAGAGGAUUAAAAUUAUCCAACAUUAUGGUAAAUGAAGGAGUUUUCAAAUUAGCAGGUAAUUUCUAUAAAAAUAUUAAUAGAUUGUGGAUUAUCCAAAUGUUUAGAGUCAUUCAGAAAGGAGCAGCAAUAGCUAUCCUAAUAUCAAUAUUUAUCACCACAAAUUUUAUCAGGUCAAAAAUAUACUAAUAAAUGUGAUAUAUGGUCACUUGGUAUCAUAUUAUAUUAAGUGCUCUUUGGAUACACUCCUUGGUUUGGUGCAAAGUUGGAUGAUUAUCAACAUCAAUUAUGGCACACAUUACUCUAAUUUUCAGAAGACAAAAAAUAAAUUAGUAAUGAGAUGAAAUCUUUCAUAGAAGGUUGUUUGGCAAUAGAAGAGGGUAAUAGAGAUUGAAUAUUUUAGAGGAGAGAUUUGAUUGGGAUGCAGUUUACAAACAUAAAUUAGUGUGUGAGCAUUUCAAAAAUUACAGAUCUCAAAUCAAACAAGACCAAAUCAAAUUUCUGAUGAACGAAGUCAGGUAGAAAAUCAUCAAGUAGAAUAUCGAUGUGAUUAAGUUAUUUAAUGAACUAGAUGUCAAUGGCGAUCAUACUUUAGAAUAUAAAGAAUUGGUUGUACUACUUAGAAAAAUUGAUAAAACAUUAUCGAAUAAUGAUUGCAAAAUCAUCUUUAAACAAUUAGAUCUAGAUGGGGAUAAAACUAUUUCAUUUGAUGAAUUUGCAAAAUGGCUCACUGAUAAUAAUACAAAGAUGACUUUAUUAACUAGGAAAUUUCAUCGUCAAUCGACCAUGAAGAAUACACCUUCACCUGGAAUCUAACCUUAGGGUGCUAAAUAACCAAUAUCCAGUUAAGUCAACAUUUAAGCUCCAGCAGGAUUUGACAAUUAGCUCUAUAAUCCUAUGUUUACAUAAGAAGAUUUAGACACAAAUCCUUUUGAAGAUAUUUGCAAGUAACGAUCUCCUGAAUAAACUAUUUUAUUAAUUAAGGAUGGAAUCAAUUAGUUUAGAAUCAAUUUAUUUGAUUUCUUUUGUAGGUUUGAUUAGAAUAGAGAUGGUUUUAUAUCUUUUUAGGAAUUUUUUGCCAUGGCUAAAUAAAUUAACUAAUAAUUUACCAAUGAAGAAUUAAGAAUAGCAUUCAAAGUCUUCGAUUUGAAUGAUGAUAAUUUUAUUAAAUUUGAUGAAUUUUCGGAGAUCCUUGCAAUUACAGUUCAAAGAGUAUAAUUUAUUAUUAAUUUUAAGCCAAAUAAAUUAAAUUUGAGUUCUCCAUAAUUUCCUAUGCAAAAUUCAAUUCAUGCUCCUUUUUUCGGUACUUAAUAUUAAUAAUAACCAUAAUAACCAUAACUUCCAUAAUAAGUAUUAGUUUCUUAAUUUCAAAAAUAACCCUAUUAUUAAUAAUAAUAAUAAUAAUAAUAAUAAUAAUAACAAUAAUAAUAAUAAUAAUAAUAAUAAUAAUAAUAAUAAUAAUUGUUUUAAAAUAAUAGUUAUUAAAGCUUACCCUAUAACUAAUUUUAAUAAGGAGGAUAAUAGUAAUAAUAUCCUAAUUAAUAAUAAUUUAAUAACAACAUUCCAAGCUAAAAUAAUGAUCUUAACAUUGCUUACUAACUUAUGAAUUAUUGA